GUAUACAUACGCAUGGUUGACCACCGAAGCCCUAUGUUAUAACACGAAUUAUAACAAUAGUGAAGCAUUUCAAGUCACUGCGACGGACACACUCAAACAGAGAGCUGCGAGGGUUUAUAAGCGAGUGUUGGGACAUCGGAGGGCAUUCCUGUGUCGUCAGUCCUGGAUACCCGAGCCUCCGCAAUGUGGAAAAUACUCGCGUUAGCCUUCAUCGGUUCUGCGUCUGCGCAGAUCCCAUCUUUAGGAUGGUGCCCCGACUUUCAGCCAAUGGCCAACUUCAGUAUGAAUCGUUUCCUUGGCACUUGGUACGAAGCCGAACGAUACUUCACAGUCAGCGAGCUGGCCAGCCGCUGCGUCACGACCAACUACGUCAGCACCCCAGAAGGCAGGAUACUCGUCGCCAAUGAAAUUAUUAAUUACUUAACUGGUGUGAAACGAGUUAUGGAAGGUAGCCUCCAGAUGAUCGGACGUGAAGGCGAAGGACGUAUCAUGGUGAAGUACUCCUCGUUGCCUCUCCCUUACGACUACGAGUACAGCAUUCUAGAUACCGACUAUGACAGCUUUGCGGUCAUGUGGUCGUGCAGCGGCUUGGGACCAGUGCAUACCCAGAGCGCGUGGUUACUUACACGUGAUAGACUGGCGUCUUCGACCGUGAUGCAAAGGGCUUACGCAGUGCUGGAUAAAUACAAGAUCUCCAGAGCUUUCUUCGUGAAGACCAGCCAGGCUGACUGCACGGUGUUGCCUGAUCCUGCUGCUAGUCCCAUCGCUGGGAAGAACGCUGGACUGGCAAAAGAGGCUGUGAAAGAACUCGAUGCGGAAAUACCCGCAUUAGAACCUGUCAAGAUGUCAGUGCUGCGGGCCAUAGCGGUGUUUCUUUGCGGACUAAGACUAUGCAGAUCGCAGUUAGCUUUCCCAGGAAACUGUCCAGAUGUCAGUGCUAUGACGGACUUUGAUCCAAGUCGGUAUACUGGCAAGUGGUACGAGGCAGAGAAGUAUUUCUUCUUAUUCGAGUUCGGAGGCAAAUGUGUGACAGCAAAUUACGACACUAAAGAUGAUGGAGUUAUGACAGUAACCAACAAGCAGCUAAGCAGUUUUACGGGCAUACAAUCAGAGAUUGAUGGUGAAGCGACUCAAAUAAGCCGGUCCGACGAGGGCAAGCUAUCCGUUCGAUUCCCGUCUCUGCCAGUAAACGUUGCAGCACCAUAUUGGGUCGUAGAUACUGACUAUGAUAAUUAUUCUAUUAUUUGGAGUUGCAACGACUUCGGGCUCUUCCAUACACGUAACGCAUGGAUACUGACUAGAGAGAGAAAUCCUUCACUUUCAGUAAUGGAGAAAGUCUACAAGUCAUUGGAUAAGAAUAACAUUAACCGUUCCUACUUCCUUAGGACUGACCAAUCUAAUUGCAUAGAGGACAAUGAUUCAUAAAACAUGGAAAGUAUA